CUCACUACGGUGUACUACGUUAAAACAUUGCUAUUGGUGAUACGAAAGAGACGUGACGAAUAAGAUGCGGUUGAGCGCGUUGGUUGUGGCGUUGCUAAUGGCAACGGCGUGCGAGGCCAUGACUCUGGAGGAACUCAGCAACAUGGUCAUGAACAACCCGGAGCAGCUGUGUGACGUAACAACAUGCCAGGAGCCCUACUCCGCAUCUGAGUGCCCCCCGGGCACACAUUACCUGGACGGGUAUGCGGUGGGAGGAUGCUGUGGUGCAUGCGUUCGCUUCCAGCAGGAAGGUGAAGCCUGCACUGGGAGAAUAGACGAUCGGAUUUGUCAGAACAAGGGAGAGGACGUACCUCAGGGCUACGGCAUGUGUGAUGGGGUCGCAGCUACACGAGCUGUUCGUAGCUCCAUCAUGUCAAGAGCGGCCACCGGCGGGAUUGACUCACUUAAUCUGAUUUUUGAGUCACCUUUUGACUUGCUACCAGUCGACAACAUCCUCAGCAGCUCCUGGUGUGACUACGGCAUGUACUGCACCAACAAAAAAUGCGCUAUUCAAAACGACUGGGUGACUUGCAAGAUCACGAGCGACGCCUACGACCGCGACCUGAGCAGCGGCAACUACAUAAGUUACCGCGACGACUACCGCUACCGCCCCCAGUGCUCAGCUGACGGCAGGACUUUCGCGCCCAAGCAGUGCAAGAGCUCCCCUCAAGAUAGUACAAAAACUUGCGUGUGCGUCGACCCCAACGGUAACACCAUCGAAGGCAAAGCGUUCAGCUUCCAGAAGGAGCUUUUCGAGGACAUGAACUGCUUGUGCGCUCGGCGUCAGUGGGAGCUACAGCAGAUUGACCCGUCCCUGGCGACGCUGCACUGCCUAACUAACGGCAACUACGAGCGCGUCCAGUGCGAGGGCGGCUGGUGCUACUGCGUGCAUCCUGAGAACGGCACUGUUUACGGCUACCAGAUGCCGGAACCUGCUAUGAACCUGCUCAAGUGCUUCAACAAGACACAGAUCGGUGACCUGUACCUGCGUCAGUGCGAGAGCCGGGCUCACGCCCACCAAGUCUUCGUGUCGACCAUGAGGAACAAGGGGGUCCAAGUGCCCCCCUCCGACCCCGUCGCCUGCUCCAUAGAGGGGGCGUAUGCCACCCGUCAGUGUGUCGGCAGUGGCUGUACGUGCAAGAACAAAUACAAUGCAGACUGUCUCAGCAAAGGCGAGAAAAAUUGCAACUGCAUCGCGGACAGAUUGGCAUUCCUGGAGAGCGGCGUUUCCUACGACAUGCUACAGUGUGGCGAGAGUCAGGGCGGCUACUACGAGCCUGUGCAGAAGUGGAAAAGCCUGCAGGCUCUCUUCUAUGUGGAUGAUGAUGGCAUACGCAAGGGUCCUGUGAUGUCGGAGGGCUGCGAGACCUACAUGAAGCAGGACAAUAUGGCCUCCUGCCAGGUGCUUGGGAAUUUAAUCGACCCAAGCCAGCCUAAUCCCAACAGCUGGACAUAUUGUGACGAGGUGUGCACAAACGGCCAGGGGGGCGGGGCGACCCUCUGCCAACCAUCCAAUUACCUCUACAACUCCGGCAACUUCGCACCCAGCAGCAGCUCAUGUCCCUAGGGGCAGGGUGCAAUUCUGGGAAUGCUGGCUGGUUCAUGUAUUAAAGAUGGAUCCAGUCUUGUAACUUGAUCAGUUAAAAACAUUAGCAAAAUAAAAAAUCAACUAUUAGAUUUCCGGGUCCGAUAAGUUCUAUGCACUUGUUAAUAUAUUAUCCCUUCUUAAUUUCAAUAUGUUCCUAGGAUCCUAGCUAUAGCCGAUUGGUUCAAUGUGUACCUUCGGUGCUGUUUUCGGUCACGUUCUGGGCGGUUGAUGUUGUAGUCCAGGUUUGAAUAACAUCACGAACAAAAAGAAUGUAAGAGAACCCAUUUAUAUAAUUCGAGCAAGAACAGGCUAAACCUGAAGCUCGAAAUGUUUUCUUAUUUGUAAAUGAUAAUGAUUCAGUGAUCAAGUGAUCAUAUUGUUUGAUUUAGUGUUAUGGAGAGAAGCAUGUCUGUUGCUACGCGACUAUCAAGCCACCAAGUCGACGGCUGUGACUGACUGACACUUUAUUUGUCAAUUGUACGUCGCGGGUUUGCCAGCGCGUAGUUCUUACUUGAUAAGGCGUGUAGUUUCUACUUGAAAUGGCGCGUAGUUUCUACUUGACAUGGCACGUGUGUCACUGUGUUGUGUCACAGUUUUUCAAUUGAUCGUUGGAAAAAGUGGAUAGUGAUCAGCAGCUGAAGCGAUGUCGUCGCAUUGGAUGACGAGUAACCAGUUAUAUUAUUGUUAAUAGGAUAUUAUGAUUAUUAUAUGAUAAAUAUACGACAACCAUAUGUCAUGAUCCUGACUUGCGGUCCAUCGUGAUAUAGUAUUCCAAUUGUGGUAUGGAUGAACUUACGUGUGGAUGAGGUCACGUGUAGAUGAGGUCACGUGUGAAUGAGGUCACGUGUGGAUGAGGUCACGUGUGAAUGAGGUCCCGUGUGGAUGAGGUCCCGUGUGGAUGAGGUCACGUGUAGAUGAGGUCCCGUGUGGAUAAGGUCACGUGUGGAUGAGGUCCCGUGUGGAUGAGGUCCCGUGUGGAUAAGGUCACGUGUAGAUGAGGUCCCGUGUGGAUAAGUUCACGUGUGGAUGAGGUCCCGUGUGGAUGAGGUCCCGUGUGGAUGAGGUCCCGUGUGGAUGAAGUCCCGUGAGGAUGAAGUCCCGUGUGGAUGAAGUCCCGUGUAGAUGAAGUCCCGUGUGGAUGAGGUCCCGUGUGGAUGAGGUCCCGUGUGGAUGAGGUCCCGUGUGGAUGAGGUCCCGUGUGGAUGAGGUCCCGUGUGGAUGAGGUCCCGUGUGGAUAAGGUCCCGUGUGGAUGAGGUCCCGUAUGGAUGAUUUCAGUUGAGCUGAUAUUGUGUAAGACCGACGUCAUCUGAGCGAUAAGUUAUUGAAAUUUAAUUAGGGCGCUGAGCCUUAAAUGUUACCUGUUUUCGCUUCAAGCAAAUAAUGAUGUAGAAAUAUUACCCUAAAAGAUUUUUACGUUAAUGAUUUUGAAUUUAUCAAAUCUGUUGUAUGUUUCCGGGGGUGGAAAAUGAAAAAAGUUCUUUCUGAUUCUAUUUCCUUGUAUAUUCGUAAGUUGUUCCUUCGCAUAUAUUAAAAAAAUUGUUUCAUAUUAAAAUUAUUCGGUAA